AUGGAUACUUUAUCGAACUUCUUUAUCUUUUUCCACUUCAAUCCCGAAGAUAUUUGCCUCUUCUACACUCAAAAUCCAAAAGGAUCUUCAUAUGUUCUAAACGCAAUGGCUAGAACUUAUUAUUCAUGGCAAUCAGCAGUUGUACUCCUUGCUCUUUUGAUUGUACCAAUUCGGUGCUCCGAUCACCAUAAUUUCUCUCAAGAACAAACCCUUUUGAGAAUCCAACAACUUCUGUAUUACCCUGUCAUUCUUAGCAGCUGGAACAACACCACAGAUUUCUGCAACACAGUUCAAAGUUCAUCAGUAACAGUUAUUUGCUACGAAGGCGUAAUAACACAACUUCACAUCAUCAAUAGCUAUAAAACCCAUCAAUUGCCUGAAGAUUUCUCGAUAGACACCUUUGUUACAACCCUUAUUAACCUUCAAAGCUUAAAAGUCCUCAAACUGGUUUCAUUAGGUCUAUGGGGACGAAUACCUGCAAAAAUUUCCCAUUUAUCAUCGCUAGAAAUCCUCAACACUACUUCAAAUCACUUCAAUGGCAAAAUCCCAUCGGAAAUCACAUCUUUAACGAAUCUCCAAUCACUUGUUCUUGAUGACAACAACUUUACUGGAUGGAUUCCAUCUCGUAUCGGAUUCUUAUCACGUUUAUCAGUUUUGAGCAUGAAGAACAAUUCGCUAAACGGGUUGUUGCCAGAUUCUUUAGGGAAACUAACUGAUCUUCGAGUUCUUAUGCUUUCUCACAACAACUUUUCCGGCGAAUCUCCUGAUCUUCGUGAUUUGAAAAACCUCCGAGUUCUUGAACUUGAAGGUAAUUCACUGGGACCCAAGUUUCCUCAAGUCCCAUACAGAAUUACCUCAAUUGUUCUUCGAGAGAACAAGUUCACCAAUGGUUUACCCGAAGAACUACAUUCAUUUUAUCAACUUCAAAAGCUAGACAUAGCUUUAAACCGAUUUGUUGGACCCUUUCCAACUUCGAUACUAUCUUUACCAUCGAUAACUUAUUUAGACAUAAACGGGAACCGGUUUACGGGAUUGCUUUCCGAGGAUCUCGCAUGUAAUCCGGGAUUCCAAUUCGUUGACUUGUCGGCUAAUCUUCUAACCGGGAAGCUCCCGGAAUGUCUCGUGUCUUCAAAGGUCCGGAAUGUGGUGUACAACGGGAAUUGCUUGAGUACGAAUGAUGGAAACGAAACUAAAAGUCAAAAACCGAUUUCAUUUUGUAGAACCGCAGCUUUGGCAGUCGGAAUCAUACCCCGGAAUCACAAAACGAGUAACUGGUCAAAAGCAGCUCUUGCAUUGGGGAUCACCGGAGGGAUUCUGUUGAUCAGUGUGGCGUUCUUGAUUUUCCGGCGAGUUCAUGGUAAAAAGAUGGAGAAAAAGCCUCCGGCGAGGGUGAUAGAGGAAAACCUGACGAGUUCUUACUCGUCGAAGUUGCUUUCGGAUGCAAGAUAUGUUACUCGAGUCAUGAAGCUUGGAACAGUAGGAAUCCCGGCUUAUCAUGCUUUUUCGUUAGAAGAACUCGAGGAAGCCACUAAUGGGUUUGAUACAUCCACCUUCAUGGGCGAAGGGUCCCACGGUCAGAUGUACAGAGGUCGGCUACAGGACGGAUCAUAUGUAGCUAUCCAAUGUCUAAAAAUGAAAAAAAACCACAGCACACAAACAUUUACGCGUCACAUAGAGUUAAUAUCAAAACUCAGACAUCAACAUUUAGUCAGUGCUCUCGGCCACUGCUAUGAAUUUUACCUCGAUGACUCGAGUGUCAGCAGGCUAUUUCUCGUGUUUGAGUAUAUACCAAACGGGACCCUUCGGGACUGGAUUUCCGGGAACAAAGGAAAAAACUUGUCAUGGAGUCAAAGAAUAGCAGCUGCUAUUGGUAUAGUGAAGGGCAUACAAUUUCUUCACACGGGCAUCCUGCCCCGUGUGUUCUCGGGCAGUUUAAAGAUAACCGAUGUUUUGUUGGAUCAGAAUUUUGGUGCAAAGAUUAGCACCUACAACCUGCCAUUGUUGGAGAAAGUCGAAAAGGAAGGUUAUUUCAAAAGUUUCAAAGAGACGAAUCGUGUGAAAGUUAGCCAUCCAGAGAAACUUGAUGUGUAUGAUUUCGGUGUUAUACUGCUUGAGAUCAUUUCAGGGAGACCGAUUUGCACACAGAGGGAAGUAGAGUGUUUAAAAGAACAGUUUCAGAGCAGAAUGAGAGCUGAUGAUGGAGCUAUGAAGGAGAUGGUUGAUGUGACAAUACGUGACAAAUGUUGUGAUCAAUCUUUAAUUACAACGAUGGAAGUUUGCAACGGGUGUUUGCUUGAUGAUGUAGCAGAUAGACCUUCUGUGGAAGACAUGCUUUGGAAUUUGCAAUUUGCUGCUCAGGUUCAGGAGGCCUGGCAUAGUGGCCAUGGAUCUCCGGUGUCAUCUUCACAACCUGCAAUUGCAGAGCGAUAGCAUUAUGGGUUCUUGUGGACUCCAACCAUUGAAAGGAGUUUCAUUUGUAAAGAGUGUGAGAAUCGUUCUAGCUCAUUGAUUUGUAUUUGAGGUAGAUAGGUUAUCGGUUUAUGUAAGUUUUGUAAUGAUUAGAUGCAGGUAUAAUGUGUAAUUAUUAACACAUUGUAUGAUGAUGUCUUAUUGUAUGCAAGUAAUCGAACUCUUGGUUUUCGGUAAUUCUGUGAAUGUGAAUC